AAAAAAAAAAAAAAAAAAAAGAAGUUCAAACUGAAGAAACCUCUUCCGAGUUAUCGCUCACGGGUUUCACAGAGAGACACACAAAGGCCAAGUCCAAGCCAUGGCUGUGAUCUCCAAAGACUCCCAAGACACAAACUCUGCUACUGAUCCUCUCUUGUCCUGGCUCUGGUCGAUCAAGAAAGCACUUCAAGAAAAGGAUGGUUCCGGGUUAGAUCUCACAAAGCUUCUCUCCGAUUGCUUCGACACUUUCAAGGACAAUACCCAGUACCGAAACGACCUCAGGUUUCUCAAGAUUUGCUUCCUCUACAUGGACGUUAGUAAUGAUUUUGAGAGUGUUUUUAGAGAAAUGGUGGAGAGUGAGAUAUGUAUUGACCAUUCUGUGCUUUAUGUAUGCUACGCGUCCUUUCUUGAAUUGAAACAGAAGUUGCAUGAUGCUCACCUGGUUUAUCAGUAUGGAAUGUUGAGGAAUGCCAAACCGGUUGAGUUGUUGAAGAAAGCUCAUGCCUUAUUUCUUGAUAGAUUGUCUGAAUCGGUGAAUGCUUGUUCACUUCAGAAGAUCGGUGAAGGUGAAACUAUUAAGUUUGAGAAAAGUUACAUUAAUCCAUGGUCUGCCUCCACCGUGAAAGAUCUAUUGAAGAAGCUGAAUACUCAAAUAAUAAAAUAUGAUGGAUACCAUCACAGUACAAAAGCUUAUACAGGAAAAGUGACCCUAACUUCUUUAAAGAAGUCAUCAAGGAACAAGAUUAUUGAGAUAGGUGGAAAGAAGUACCAGAUCAAGGGUUGUGCUGGUCAAGGUGGUUUUGCUCAAGUAUAUAAAGCAUAUGUCAACAGUAAUCCAGAUGAAGUUGUUGCACUAAAGAUACAAAAGCCUGCUUUCCCUUGGGAGUUCUACAUGUAUCGUCAACUAGAUCAGCGCAUCUCAGAGAAGGAAAGAUCAAGCUUUGGCAUUGCUCACAGAAUGCAUCUAUACUCAGACUAUAGCAUACUUGUCUUUGACUAUCUAGCCCAGGGAACUCUUCAGGAUGCCAUAAACUCCUAUCUGGUCUCUGGCAAGUCCAUGGAAGAGGAGUUAUGCAUUUACUACACAAUAGAGAUGCUCUAUAUGCUAGAAACUUUGCAUGGUGCUGGCAUCAUUCAUGGUGAUUUCAAGCCUGAUAAUCUGCUUAUUCGUUAUUCUAGGGGUGACCUUCUAGAAGAUGGGUUUCAUGACCGAACUGGUUCUUGGCAAGAUCAGGGUCUUUGCCUUGUUGACUGGGGGCGGGGUAUAGACCAACAUCUCUUUCCUGACAAUACAGAGUUUAUGGGAGAUUGCCGGACUUCUGGCUUUCGCUGUAUUGAAAUGCUGGAGAAUAAGCCAUGGACAUAUCAGGUAGACACAUAUGGCCUUUGUGCUGUUGUCCAUUUGAUGCUGCACAAUUCUUAUAUGAAGAUUGAAAAGAAAGCAUCAUCUGAUGGUGGAUACAUUUAUCUACCCAAAUCACCUUUUAAACGAUAUUGGAUUGACCUCUGGAAGGAUUUCUUUACCAAGCUGCUUAACAUGAGCCCUGGCAUUGAUCACAUAAAGUUGUUGCAGAAUUUGAGGGAAUCAUUCCAGGAUUACAUGUGCUCUCAACCUCAGCUAAUAAAGAAACUAAAGGAGUUACUGGUGAAGCAAAGGGCUUCCUUGUGUUCUGCUUAGUGUCUUUGGUCAUUUCCACCAAAUCUUAAUUCUUAAAUUCAUGGAAUUGUCAAAUUUAUGCACAGUGCAACAAAAGCAAAAUUAGGUGAAACUCUAGGUUAAUUUUACCUAGAAAUACAUACACAUCCUUGAACUCCAUAUUAAGAUUUCUGAGAAUGUAAAAUUACUCUUCCGCACCCCCCUCCUCCCUUCCUUCCUGAAGUCAGUUGAGUUCAUGAGAGGAUUUGUCUGAUGGAGCACUUGCAAGUGUGAAGCUUUCUGUCUUCAGAAGAAUAGUUUAAGCUUGUAAAGAAUGUAGUGAGUUGGUAUGCUUGUAUAUUUUAGCAAAUUAGUACUGUUGAUUUCUGUGUAUCAUAUUCAAAUCUGUACUCUUAGUGGCCUCUUGUUUUAGUUCAUUGAUUUUCAUUACUAUUUCAGCAUUCUUUUUUCGUGUUA